AUGUCUUCCUCAAGGGACUCUAUCAUGAAUACUUUUAGUAUGAACGGAGGAGAUGGAGAAAACAGCUAUGCCAAUAAUUCUGCUCACCAGAAAAACGUUAUAUCUGAAACACAACUAUUGGUGGUAGAGAGCAUAAGAGAAAUGUUAGUAGAUUUGGGCUUUCCUGAGUAUAUCAAAGUGGCUGACUUGGGAUGUUCUUCCGGACCCAACACCUUUUUAGCCAUGUCUGGAAUGGUCAACACAAUCAUUGACUCGUACCAACAAAAAGGUGGGACAAACUCAGUACCACCAGAGAUCGAUUGUUUUCUAAACGAUCUUUCAAAAAACGACUUCAACAAAACCUUCAAGUGGCUCCCUUCCUUUCACGACGGUCUCAAAGCAGACCUCAAAGGAAAGUGCUUCGUGUCGGUAACCCCAGGAUCUUUUUACUCGAGACUUUUCCCAAGAAAGUCUCUUCACUUUGUAUAUUCAUCGUAUAGUGUCCAUUGGCUCUCUAAGGUUCCUCAAGGGCUUAAAGAUGAUGAUAACAAGAGGAGUGUGUAUAUAAAUAGCUCAAGCCCACUAAACGUUUACGAGUGUUACUUGGAGCAGUUCCAAACCGAUUUCUCAUUGUUUCUAAGAAUGCGUUCGGAAGAGAUAAUGCCUAAUGGACGUAUGGUUCUUGCUUUCAUUGGUAGGAUUAAUGCUUCUGAUCCUUUAUUCAGAGACUGUUUCAACAUGUGUCAAUUGUUAUCUGAUUCUCUCCUCGACCUAGUCUCCGAGGGACUAGUGAAGGAAUCGGAGGUGGAUGCAUUCAACGUGCCGUUCUAUGAUCCAAACGAAGGAGAGGUGAUGAAAGUUGUUGAAAGAGAAGGUUCCUUUGUGAUCAACAUGAUAGAGACGUUGGAAUUUGUUAAUCAUUUCACGAGUAGUGAAGAUGUUGUCGUCGACGAAUCAUCAGAUGGAUUCAAACACUGGCAAAAGAUCGCAAACAGCGUAAGAUGUAUCACUGAAUCAAUUCUGGUUCCUCAUUUUGGAGAAGCUGUUAUGGAUCGCUUGUUCCACAGGUACGCAGUCCAUGCUGCUAAACAUUUUACUGUUUCAACUCGCCCACCAACAACGUCAGUCAACCUCGUUGUUUCGUUGACUAGAAAAUAA